AUGCCGCGCAAGAACUGGAAUCUGGGCAAGAGCAUGUUCUGCGCCAAAUGCAACCACCCCAAGCCCACGAUCAACACCAUGGGCCAGCGCGCCUAUGACUUCUACCCGCUGGCGAACCAGAAAAUGUUCUGCGAGGGGCAGAAGAACUGCCCCGAGUGCCAUGCGAUUGUCCACUCGAGCCAUUCGGAGUGCCUGGCCUGCCGGGACCGAAAGCAGAAUGCCGCCACUGUCAAGGCGCACCAGGCGUGUGUGGUGACCACCGCUUCGGGCAGCAAGGACGCCAUGCGCUCGGACGCCAUCCACGCGCUGAAGGGGCCGGAGAUGCUGGCGCUGACGCGGCCGCGCACAGCCGUGGAUGACUUGGAGGACAAGUACCGUGGCAGUGGCAUGGACGCCUUGGCCAUCAUAGAUGAUUUGGAGAAGGCCAAGGCGGGGGCGGCCGAUGCCAUCGAUGCCCUCGAGGAGAAGCGGCGCAUUGUGGCGGAGGAGGAGAAAGAGCGACAGCGCGAGCGGCAGCGCGAAGCACAGAGGAGAGAGGCGGAGGAGCAAGCAAAGAAGGACCUGGAGAUCGCCAAGCAGCAAGCUGAAGCGAUGGAGGUGGAAAGAAAGCGGAAGCGAGAGGCAGCACAGAGCCUGAUCGCCGCCAUGCUCGAGGAGGACACUGCCAGUCCCAAAGAGAGAACGGAGGCGGCAGCGAGCCCUCCGGAGACAGAGGAGGAGCGGCAGGCCAAGAAGGCGCGGCUGCUGCAGCAGGCGGAGGAGCUGCGAAAGAAGCAGGAGGAGUUGAAGCAGAAGCAGCAGAGUGACGAGGCGGAGCGUCGCCAGAAGAUGCGCGAACGCCGGGCUGCACGGAAGGGCUCCCAGGAUGCCAUUCUGCUCGACUGA